CCAGAGGGCCAAGACCUGGCAUUAGCAUGCAGCAGGGGCGGACUGACCAUUUGGAAACUAGGGCACUGCCCAAGGGCCUGGGGUCAGUAGGGGGCCCCAUGAGAUGCCCCUGGUAUCUUUUUCAUAGGCUUUUUUGAGUUUGGGCAAGGACACAGGGGCCCCAUGAUCCCCUAUUGCCCCGGGGGCCCCAUGAGUUGUCAGUCCGCCCCUGGCAUGCAGCACACCGACUCUCUACUUCUACAGCCACUGGCCUCUCAGCCAGGUCCCAGACACCAGUACCCCUCUAUUCAUUUG